CGCCGCAACAGCAGGAGGCGACGGAUGGAGCAGGGAGCUUCAGGGCGAUAGCUCCCUCUCCGAUACCCCCCAUCCCCACCCCUCCCAGCAAAAGGCGGCGGCAGGCAGUGAGGUGGCAAAAAGUGACCGCCUCCUUUCCCCACCUCUCCAAUCCCGGGUCUAUCAUCAGCUUCUCACCAACCGUGGGUAAAAAAAAACACAAUAAUAAGAGGGGGCGGAAUGGCGGCAAAUAUGUACAGGGUCGGAGAUUAUGUUUACUUUGAAAACUCUUCCAGUAAUCCUUACUUAAUAAGAAGAAUAGAAGAGCUCAAUAAGACUCCAAGUGGCAAUGUGGAAGCAAAGGUUGUCUGUUUUUACCGACGCAGGGACAUUUCAAACAGCCUGGUAGUACUGGCUGACAAACAUGCAAAAGAAAUGGAGGAAGAACUGGAAACCCCAAGCAUUUUAGAUUUGACAGAGAAACAAAGACAUCAACUUAAACACCGAGAGAUAUUUUUAUCUCGCCAGUAUGAGUCCCUUCCGGCCACGCACAUAAGAGGCAAAUGUGGUGUUUCACUUUUGAAUGAGACCGAGUCAGUAGCCUGCUAUUUGGAAAAAGAGGAUGGAUUUUUUUAUUCUUUAGUCUACGAUCCCUCACAGAAAACACUUCUGGCGGACAAAGGAGAAAUACGGGUUGGCUCACGCUACCAAGCAGAUAUUUCAGACAUGCUGAAUGAAGGUGAAUCAGAUGCUAGAGAUCAAUCAAAGAUGGAGGUUAAGGUUUGGGAUCCUGACAACCCUUUGAACGAUCGACAGAUAGAUCAGUUCCUGGUAGUCGCACGUGCUGUGGGUACAUUUGCUCGAGCUCUGGAUUGUAGCAGUUCUGUCAGACAACCGAGUUUACACAUGAGUGCUGCAGCUGCUUCAAGGGACAUUACCCUGUUCCAUGCAAUGGAUACGUUGCACAAGCACAACUAUGAUUUGACAAAUGCAAUCAGCAUCUUGGUACCUCAGGGUGGUCCUGUUCUCUGCAGAGAUGAGAUGGAAGAAUGGUCAGCAUCUGAAGCUAGCCUUUUUGAAGAGGCAUUGGAAAAGUAUGGCAAGGAUUUUAAUGACAUACGACAAGACUUCCUUCCGUGGAAAUCACUCACUAGCAUCAUAGAGUACUAUUACAUGUGGAAAACUACAGAUAGAUAUGUGCAACAGAAACGUCUUAAGGCUGCUGAGGCAGAGAGCAAAUUGAAACAGGUGUACAUCCCAACAUACAAUAAACCUAAUCCUAAUCAGAUAUCAGAUGUUAAUGGUAAGCCUGCUGUGGUGAAUGGUCCAGUUGGAGGAGUACUUUAUCAAACCCAGAACUCAAGCACAGGCCGGCCCUGUGAGAGUUGUUACACCACACAGUCCCAACAGUGGUAUUCCUGGGGGCCUCCAAAUAUGCAGUGUAGACUUUGCGCUUCAUGCUGGACAUACUGGAAGAAGUACGGUGGUUUGAAGAUGCCUACUCGAGCAGAGGCAGAAAAAAUGUCACCCACAGAUGAUGUUUCGGACUCCCACAUAAAAAGUGUCUUUCAUCAUGGUCAACCUGGGCAUGGUGUAUCAAUGCACAUCGAUGGUCCAAAAUCUACUUUGAAAACCCGUCAGUCUUUCUUCCUGCAGACAACUCGUCUUACAAAACUUGCCAGGCAUGUCUGCAGAGAUAUUCUGCGGCUGAAACAGGCAGCAAGGAAGCCAUUUGUUCCAAUUAACUGUGCUGCCAUUAAGGCAGAAUGUACAGUGAGAUUUCCAGAGGCAGUGAAAAGACCACUGAAUAUAAAAGUUCCUUUGAGGAAGCCUCUAACAAGUAUUAUCAAAUAUCUUGGGAAGAUCACAUCAAGACCACUAGAUGCAGUGGAACAGGUUGGAGGAGUUGCAGGUGAAGCACUGUCUCAACUGGAAGGACUGUUUAGGGCCCUGAAUGGAGAAGUGCAUCCUGCUGUAAAGCCAGAGGUAUUCAGACGAGUGUCAAGCCUCACUUCAGGGAACUUCAAUCAAUCAUCAAAGCGACUAUUUGCAAUUCAAAACCGUGGCUCUCCAACAAUUCCAGGAAACCAAAGUUACAGCUUACACAACGGUGUGGAUGGAAAUAUGAAGCAACGACGUUUGAUGUCUUAUAGGGAUGUUACAAGUCAUGCAGAAGGAAUGAGCAUUGAUUAUUUCUCAUACCUGCCUAAUGGAAAAGUAAUGUCACCCGGAAUCAAAGCUGUUCAGCCUGCACCCAUUGCUGUAAUCAAGAGACAACGGCCAAACUGGAUUGAUGCCCCUGUUGUUGGUUUUUUUGCAGUCACUGAGGAAGCAAGAUGGAUGCCCAGUUCCAGUUCCUCAGCAGUCAGGAAGUCAGUUGUGUGUGUGACAAUGGCAGAUAAGAAGAUUCGCAAACUUCUAUUACCUUCUGAGAUGAGGAGAGCUUCUAGGCGACCUUGGUGCCCAGUUGUUGUGCCACCUCUUCCUGACACUUAUACUUCCUCUAGUCAGUGCAAGCACUCUGACACUGCAGAAGCCAUUGUCGUUGCAGACUGAAAACAUGAAAUGAACAGAUUGAGCCAAGCUUCUCAAGAAAAGAACGUUAAUUGAAGUUGCAGAUCACAUGGAUUUCUGCUCAGGCCUUCAUAAAAUAAUUUUCAGUUGUUUGGUUCGCUCAUGGACUUGACACUAAUGUCGACAUGUUUAUAGCAAAAUUAUUUUGCUGCACUGUCAGUUGAAAAAUGUACCAAUUGUAUUAAAUAUUAUUUUCUAGUGCAAUCAGAAUGGUGAUGAGAGCAAAUAUAUUACAGUCUUGAAUGUUUCGUUUGUACAUUAGACAAUUAUACAAUUGUAUCAGAAUAUUUUCAAAUCCUUGUUAAUUUGCUAUUUAGGUGUAAUUGUCAGUGCAUACUAAGAUCAGGGAUGCCCAGUCUGUGAUCUGUGGUUCAGGAUGAUUGAUGCCCAAACAACCCACUCCUGUUCAUGCUCAUACUUUUUGCUGGUUUAGCGUUUGUGAAUUUUGUGGGCAUCAAGCAUUUAAAGGGCUUUUCUUUAUAUUAAUCCUCCACUGGUGGAAAAAUCUGUUAACCAAAACAACAUAAUGUCAGAACCUACAGGCUCGAUACAAAUAAUGGGAGCACAGAUUUAAACUUUAAAUAAUGACUGCAAAGUCCAAUAGAAAAACCCAUUCAGUGCACAAAGAUUAAAAGCUUGAACAUAGAAACAAUUCAUAUCACGUUAUUUGUUGAAAGUUAUUAGGAAAAAUGAAUUAAAUUUGGUAGUUGUGUGUGCAGGGGUACUUACAAAACGAUUAGUAUCAGGAAGGGAAAACCCCUAUUUUCCAGGCUCAAGUUGGGAAAACAAUACAGCAACCUUCCAUAAAUAAAAUCGACUGGUUACAACUGUUUGGAAGACAGCAAUAUUAUGCCAGUCUCCGAAAUUAUGAAAGGCAGGUUAACAUGGAAAUCAGAAGCUGCCCUGUCUUUUUGAAGUUGCUAAUUAACAAACUAAUUAACAACCAUUUGCAAAUUUUCAUUGCCUGCUGCACUUGUUUGGCCAUUGAACAUGAAAAUGCUUUGUAGUAUUGACGGCAACAAUGGCGAGACAGCUGAGGUGCAGAAGAACAGGCUUUUUUUAAAUAAAAGAAUCUGAAAACAAGGGGCCUUCUUUUGUUGUAAUUGACUUCCCGCAUAUCCCUUCUGCCUCAUGACAUCCUGGCCUUGAGUUACAAUUGGACACAGAGCCUCCAUUUUGCACCUGUAACUGGAUUAGCCGCCUUCCUAACAGACAGCUAUAAAUUAUCCAAGCAACAUUUGGUUGAACAAGUUGAGAUAGUGAUGGUAUUGCAUUCCAUUUCCCACAACAGCCCAAGAAAUAUAAAAUCCUGCCCAUUAUCACACUAG